GCCGGGCGCACGGCGGUGCGAGACUGCGAAUCUCUUUGUAUUUAAAUUCGUAUCGGGUGGCGACGGUUGGUAACACUGCUCGAUCGCGCGCGAUUUAUCAUAAAACAUUUUUCGCCGCCGCCCGCCACCAAUAGCGAACGCUGAUCCGCGUCUCUCGGGUUUUUUCGCAUCGUUAAAUUGGUAUGGCGUUUAUGUUAUGUCUUAUGUUCAUUACUGACUUUCCACGGGGCUGAGUAKCACGUCGUCCGUUAGAGUUGCCGAGUCCACUGUUAAGUGUUAACCGGUUAGCCGCGAAUUACGCCGACAGACAAGACGACAUCCGGUCCGGAAACAGCGAACGAAUUAUAUUCGACAUCAAAAUACACGGCUAAGAUAUAAACAUGGGCACGUAUCUGAGCAAGCCGAUCACCGACAAGGAAUCUCAUGACACAGACAAUGAGUGGCUGUCUUGCGGUUCUAGUUCCAUGCAGGGCUGGCGUGAAUCUCAAGAGGAUGCUCACAACUGUUUGUUGGACUUUGACAAGAGUGUUGCGCUCUUUGCUGUAUAUGAUGGACAUGGUGGUGCUGAGGUUGCUCAGUAUGCAGCUGAAAAGUUGCCAUCCUUAGUUAAAAACACUUUGUAUGAUAACCAAGACUACAAAAACGCCUUAGUAAAGGCUUUCAUGGACUUUGAUGACAGUCUAAUCGAGACACCCGUUGUUGAAAAAUUAAUUACUCUCCGAGAAGAAAUUAAUGAAGAGUGUGCUGAUSAAGAAGAAGAAAGAGAGGAACUCAGUGAACUUUAUGAAGAAGCUAAAAUGCCAAUCGAAGACAUAAUAUUGAAGUAUAAAAAUAAAAUAAUUGAAAUAGAUCAGAACAAAAAAAGUUGCAUUAGCCAAGAAAGUGAAGAUGAACCUAGUUCUUCUAAAGAGUCUCCUAUUUCAAAGCCAGGAUCUAGCGUUGAAUCAAAUGAUGCCUGUGGCUCUAGUAACAGCAAAACAAUAACAGAUGAUAAUAAAACAAGUGUUGGUAAUGGUAUUGAUGAAAGCGUAUCAGCCGGAAGUUCAUCAAGUGCUAAAGUCAAUGGCUCAACAAAUGAUGAUGAAGAGAAUGACAAAUCUGAAGAACCUGUUACUGAAAGUAGUGAAGCUGAAUGUGGUCCCAGCAGUAGUAAUGGGCAAAAUGGCACAGAAAAAAAUGCUGGAACUGUGUGUUUAAUUACUGAGGAUUCAGAAGACGACAGUGACGAUGAUGAUGAUGAUGAAAUAUUUGAAGCCUCAAUUAAGUUAGAUGAUGAAUCAGAUUCAGACAGYGAUGAAGAAGAUGAAACUCCGAGCAAUAGUUUUAUAUAUGAAGAAGACGAUGAAGAGGAUAAGCCUGGAAAAGAUAGUGGUUGUACAGCAGUAAUGGCUCUUUUAGUAAACGAUGUACUUUACGUUGCUAAUGCUGGAGAUUCAAGGUGUGUUGUUUCUAUUGAUGGCAAAGCUCAUGAUAUGUCAAAAGAUCAUAAACCUGAAGAUGAACCAGAGUUACAGAGAAUUUGUAAAGCUGGUGGCAGGGUUUCUAGCGAUGGACGAGUGAAUGGAGGCUUAAAUCUUUCUAGAGCUCUAGGUGAUCACAAUUAUAAAAAAAAUAAAGAYCUUCCAAAUACUGAACAAAUGAUAACAGCUUUACCUGACGUAACUGUCUUGGAAGUAACACCAGAUAAAACCAACUUUCUAGUAUUAGCUUGUGAUGGUAUUUGGAAUUCAUUAAGCAGCCAAGAAGUUGUUGAUUUCAUUUCAGAUCGUAUCAAUAAACCCGAUGUCAAAUUAUCAUCAAUUUGUGAAGAACUGUUUGAACAAUGCUUGGCACCUAAUACAUUAAGUGAUGGCACUGGUUGUGACAAUAUGACUUGUAUUAUUGUCAAGUUAAAACCAAAACAAAAGCGUUGUCGUUCAGACRACGAAGAUGAUUUAGAAGGUGGCGAGUGUAAAAAGUAUAAAGCAGAUCCAACAGAACCUGAAUCUGUACAUUAAUGUUCCUCCUGGCAUCGAAGAUUUGGUUUGACGAGCUGUUUGUAUUUGUUUCUGAAUUUUACAGAUGCAUGCGACUGAUUUAUGGAUUAAUUUCUUUUCUUAAAUUUUAACAAGGAAAAAACAUUAUUUUAUAAUUUAUAUGAUAAUAUUAUUGUA